UGAAAAUCGAAAAUACAUUGAUGUUUGAAGGAAAGUACUUGCAUUUGAGGUGUGGAUGUCAUAUACUCAAUUUGAUUGUUAAGGAUGGUCUCAAAGAACUCAAUGAUUCAAUUGAAUCUAUAAAGAAUGCGGUUCUUUUCAUUCAUUCUUCACCAUCUAGGUUGCAUAAAUUUAGAGAGUUUGCCGUAUUAGCGAAGUUUUCUAAUACAUCAACUGUGCCUAUGGAUGUAAAAACAAGAUGGAAUGCAACUUAUAAAAUGCUUGAAGUUGCAUUGAAGUUUAGGAGAGUGUUUGAAAGGAUGGCUGAAGAGUGGUUACCAUUUAUGAAGUACUUUCGUGAAAAAAAUGAAAAGGGUAAAGUACGGGUAGGGCCUCCAAGUCAUGACAAUUGGGAGAAUGCUAAAGCUUUUGUGCACUUUUUAAAAAAGUUUUAUGAUGUAACCUUAGAGUUAAGUGCAUCAAAAACUCCCACCUCUCAAUUGCUUUAUCAAUCCAUGAUUGCACUACAAAUUGAGAUAGAAAAAAAGAAAAAUGACAAUUCUGACCCAAUUCUCAAGAAGGUGGCUAGUGUAAUGAUGUUGAAGUUUCAAAAGUAUUGGGGCGAGUGGAAUACUAUGAAUCCUUUAAUUUUUAUUAGCAAUAUUUUGGACCCAAGAAACAAGCUUCAGAUGAUUAAAGUCAGUAUCAAGAAGCUGCCAGCUACUUCUAUAAAGGUCCAAGAUUUUGUUGAUAAAGUCAAAAGUGACUUAGCGACUCUGUGGGCAGAAUAUAAAGGCAUAAAUGAGACCACUAAUGUUGAGCGGCAAAGUAUGCAAUUGGAGUUGGAAGGUGGAGAUGGUACUAAUAAUGCAGGUGAUGGUCUUUGGGAUGAGUUGUUUACCGACGUUGAAGCACAAAAUGAAGAAGAGCAACUCCAAGAGAUUUCUAAUGAGGUAGAUAAGUACCUAGCUGAUGAGAUUGAGAAGAGAUCUAAUCAAUCUUUUAAUCUUUUGGAGUGGUGGAAAGGAAGUGAAACUAGGUAUCCAAUUCUUUCAUUGAUUGCAAAAGAUAUUUUUGCAAUACCAAGUUCAACAGUUGCUAGUGAGUCUGCUUUUAGUUUAGGUAAAAGAGUUGUUGAUCCCUUUAGAAGCAGUUUAAGUCCUAAAAUGGUUGAAGCUUUGAUUUGUACGAAUGAUUGGUUAAGAGCAGAGGAUUUCAGCUUUUAUAAGGAUCCAACAGAUGAUGACCUUGACUUGUAUAAAGAGAUUGAAGAAAUUGAAAAGAAUGCAAAUGUGACUCAAGAACGUUCUCAGACUCAGCUGCCAGUAUGAAUGCAUGGUU